AUGCAGUACGCAUCAAUAGCAGCCGCCGUGGCUACGGCGGUUGUAGCGUACUUGAUUUCAACUUUCAUUUACAACAUUGCCUUUCACCCGCUCCGUUCAUAUCCCGGCCCGUUGCUAUGGCGUGCAACCGGGCUCUUCAAGUGCUACCACUUCCUCAAGGGCGAUAUGCCCUUUGUUGUGCGCGAGCUCCACGUGCGCUACGGAUCAGUGGUACGCAUAGCCCCUGGAGAGUUGGCCUUUUCCGACACACAGGCCUUCAAGGACAUCUACGUCCACAAGAUGGUCAAGUGGAAGGGCAUGUAUGGCUUCAAGCCCGAACACGUCCAAGACCUCGCCAAUGUGACGGACCCGGCCCAUCAUGCUUUUCUGCGCCGCCACAUGGCCGCGGGCUUCAGUGAGACGGCCCUGCGCAACCAGGAGAGCAUCCUCGUCCAGCAUGUCGACCUGUUGAUCAAUCAGCUGCGUGAGCGUGGCGGCGGAGGCAAGGUGCCGCAAGAUAUGCGCGACUGGUUCAUGUGGCUCACCUUUGACAUCACGGGCAUGCUCUCCUUCGGAGCCGAGUUCGGGGGUCUCCGCUACGCCAAAUCGGCCGAGUGGGUGGCGACGCUAACUGACAAUGUUCGGGUCUUGAUGGCCAUGAGUGCCCUGUUUGGUUACGUCGGUGCAACCACUCGCAGCAUCCUCACCUAUAUCUUUAUGAGCGGACUGAUUCCAUCUGUCGCAGCCCACACGCAGAGGACCAAGGACAUGCUACGUGAGCGGAUGGACCGCAAGGGUGCCUACGACGACCGCGACUACAUCAUCGAUGGCUUAAUCAACAUCAACGACCACAGGGUUGAAUCCAAUGCCGUCAUGCUCAUCAUGGCCGGCUCGGAGACGACUUCAACGGCCCUUACCGCCACGCUAUUUGCACUACUUCAGGCACCAGAAAAGAUGGCACGCCUAACCAAGGAGGUCCGGUCCACGUUUAGCCGCGAUGAAGACAUCACCAUGGCCUCGACCCUGGACAAGCUGCCGUAUCUCAUGGCCUGCAUUAACGAGAGCCUGCGGUGGUAUCCACCUUCCGUGUCCGGCCUGGCCCGCGUGGUGCCCAAUGGCGGUGCAAAGAUCUCUGGCCACUAUGUUCCUGAAGGCACCAUUGUUGCCGCCUGGACCUGGUCCGUGACACGAGAUCCGCGGUAUUUUGCUGACGCCUAUGGGUUUCACCCUGAGCGGUGGCUGCCAGGGGAGGACGAGCGCUUCGCCAACGAUGAGCUGGAUGCGUCGCCGCCCUUUAGCGUUGGGCCGAGGAGCUGCAUGGGUAAAAACCUCGCCAUGGCUGAGAUGCGCCUUACACUGGCCCGUAUGAUUUACAACUUUGAUGUCACAUUGUCCACACCGUUUGACGGUGACUGGUUCAAGGGUCAAAAAGCAUAUCUCGUCUGGGACAAGCCGUCCGUAUUAGUGAACUGUACCCCGGUUGGCGAGUCCUAA